AUGUUCGUUCUCUUUGAUGAAUGUUGGCGGCCAGAUCCGCAGCUAGGUCCACAGCCAGAACCUAUUCCGGGCCAACACAAUUCCCAGUGGGUACGAUGUCCAGGACAAGCAUGGCUAAUGGAUAAUAGUAAAUGGCCGCUCUUGAAACAGUACACAAGUGAUGUUCUCUCUCGCUUCUCCAAUGACUCUCGCGUAGCUAUUUGGGAUCUUUACAAUGAACCCCAGUGUAGUCAGCAAGUGCCCAUCGUUUUGCCACUUCUACGUGAAGUCUAUGCUGCUGCUAUUUCGGCCAAUCCAAGUCAACCAGUGACCUUCGGUAUCUUACCUGGUCCUUUGAAUAGUACAUUGACGCGAUUCGAACUGGAAUCAUCUGAUAUCAUUUCUUUUCAUAGUUACGAACCAUUAGCACAGACUAUGCUACAAGUGGCUGAAUUUCGAUCAUUUAACCGACCAUUGAUUUGCACUGAAUACAUGGCUCGAACAGCUGGUAGCACUUUUCAUACACAUACGGUCUUCUUUCACAAAGAAAAAAUAGGUGCUAUCAAUUGGGGUCUCGUUGCCGGAAAAACACAGACUUAUUUUCCAUGGGGAUCACCAGUCAAUGCCACGACACCAUUGGUAUGUUUUAGUAAUGAUGAUAUUCAAUAUGAAUUAGAUAAGUAUAUUCAAUUGAAAAACCAAUAUCAAUUAACUGGUAUUGUACUUUAUUGGAAACGUUUAAAUGGUGUUCAAAAACUUGUUAAGACAAUGCUUGAAUAUGAAAAUUUAUUUUCUAAUAUUAUUAUUUGGAAUAAUAAUCCAAUGCAAAAUUUAACUUUUCAAGAUUUAUUAAUUGAAAAUAAUAAUCGUACUGAAAUAGUUAAUUCAAAUGUUAAUAUAAAAGAUGAAGCAAAAUAUCGUGCAUGUCAAUUAGCUAAAACAAAUGCUUGUUUUUAUGUUGAUGAUGAUUGGGAUAUAAGAAUGUAUGUCAGAAGUCUUUAUUCACAUUUUCUUCUUGAACCAACUAUACUUCAUGCUAUAACGGAUCAAUUUACUUAUUUUACUAAUUUAAUGUGGACAUUUUUUGAUGAAAGUAUCAAUUUACACACUGGAUUUAGUUGGAUUGGUUGUGGAUCAGUUUUUUCACGUGAUAAUGCUGUUCGUCAUUUGAAGUGUAUGAAUUUUUUUCUCAAUAAUUAUAAAAAUCGGGAUUUAAUUCCACAAAGUGAUCAAUUUUUUUCCAUAUGGAUGAAUCAAAUACCAGCUCAAUUCAAUGGACGUUUACUUCAGUCUAACGAAGGUGUUGAAUCAUCAUUUGAAAAUUAUGAUUUUGAAUUAUUACAAUAUCGAGCAUCAGUUAUGAGUAUUCAAACUCUUGAAAAAUCACUUCGUUCUUAUUUUAAUUUUAAUUUAUUUCAACGAAAACGUGCAUCAAAUACUUUAGUUACAUAUACAAAAUCACCUUGUUCAUAUAAUGAUAAAUUUAUUUUUUUUACUAAUUGUUUACCAAUUGAUAAUCUUGAACAAAUACCAUUUAAUAUAGCAACUGAUUUUAAACGUGGUACACGUGCUAAUUUACCUAAUAUGCGAAAAUCUGCAUAUCGAGAAAAUUUCACAUUUUUUCAAGAAUUUAAUACAGCUAAUGCUGUUGAUAAUGAUAAUAAAACUUGUUGGAAAAUGAAUCGUUCAUUACGAUAUGGAGAUUUAUAUGGGAUUGAUUUUCAAACAAUACAAGCCGAUCGUAAUCUUGCAUUUUCCAUUGAAUAUUUACAUAGAAAAUCUUUACAAAAAAAAUUACAAAUUUCAAUAUCACUCGAUAGUCAAACAUGGAUUCAACUUCCUAAAAAACCUCAAUCAGGAAUUAUUUAUAAGAAACAAAAAAAAUUAGUCAUUUUUCGUACACAAUUGUUUCCAGAUGGUUUUCAAGUUUUUCGUUUUAUCAAAUUUAUGUCAUUAAUAGAUGACGAAAGUUCUUUUCAUAUUUGUGAAAUACGUUUGAUUAAUUGA